AUGCAUAUUAUGAUUAACAUGAAAGCAUUACUUGUCUGUUUACUCAUUGUAGCAAUUAUUGAACGUAGCAAUGCUGCUUUUCAAUGUUACAAAUGUAAUAACUGUGGAGUGACUAUGAAUCGUAAUAUAGCCACAAUAGCUCUCACCGAAGGUGGAAGUAACUAUUGCACGAAAAAAGUUGUUGGUACUGCAGUAACCAGAGAUUACAGUCCAACAUGUACUCAAGGUAAUGGCAUGUAUUGUUGUCAAGAUGAUUUAUGCAAUUCAUCCAAUUCUAAAUAUUAUGUCAAUGGUGGUCUAUUCAUAUUAUUCUCGAUAGUUGGCUUUGUUCUACGACAAAUUUAA